UGGCAGAGCUUCCUGUCAACCUCCGCUUCAUCCCCGAGGACUUUAACGGCACCCCAAUUGUCAGAGCGAGGGACGGUUCGCAGCUACAGCCGCCAUCAUGUCUAUGUUCCGCGCGAAAAAACUUGACAUUGGAUGUUAUGUCAACAUUCGCAACAUCCGCGACCACACCAAGCGCAAGGUCUUCGCUGCGAACGAGCCGGAGAGGCAAGCACUACGAUACAUCAUUCGCAACACGAGCCUCCCCCAACGCGUACGCGCACAAGCGCAGCUCCAGCUCUCGCAAAUGCACUGCUACACACGGUUCACACAAGUCAAGAACAGGUGUAUAAUGGGAGGAAAGGGUCGCGGUGUUUUCAGCGAUUUUAGAUUGGGCAGGUAUCAGUUCCGUAUAAAUGCGCUCGCUGGAUAUCUCCCCGGUGUACGUAAGGCUAGUUGGUAGAAGGGAAUUGUGGACAUAGUACGGUCGGCCGCCGCUGCGAGAUGGGUGUACAUUACUGUUAUUUUGGCCUGUGACCACGAGCUUGGAAAAUGGGCAUUACAGUGGCGUUGAUGGCAAAUAUAUAUAUUCUGGACAAUCUGAGUAUGAAGGGACAUUAGAACUCCAGGGGAUGCAUCGAUCCGGCGCUUUCUCCACAUCUCUGAAGCGGGAGGGCGUUUGCGUGUGGCAAACGCCACAAACACCUGGACAUGCAGUGCACAUAUUUUCUGAGGCAGCUCACCGCUUGUGCGAGAAGUCUACCUAGGCAUGUCAAACAGAGCUCCAGCUCCUUCCAAACCUCACCUGCCGCCUACCAACUACCCACCACCGCCUUUCGCCUUCACCAUUGACCGCACGACCACAACUACAAUUUGUCC